AUGGCACUGUCGCUAUCACAAGUAAUACUGGCGACUAUCAUCGCUUUUGAUCGCUACAUCGUGACGAAUACACCCAAAUGGGGUAAAUGGCGAUGUCAUUCGAAUUAUAUCAAGUUGAUCUUCUCCCUUACAAGUUUCGCAACUCUUUGGAGUGUUGUGCCUGCUACCGGCUACGGUAAAUAUAGUACCUUCCACGGGAACACAUUUUGUUCAUUAGAUUGGCGACAGGGCGAUUUUGAUGCAAACUUGAAAGAAUCAUCCGAUGCCGCUCAUCACUACAUAGCGUUUCUCACAGCCACCUGUUUGAUCUUCUUCCUUAUACCAGUUUGUAUUGCUUCGUCAUUUUACUACAGUAUCAUAGACCACGUGGACAGGUAA